AAAACCGUGCAGCAGACGUGGGAGCGCGAUGUGCUGAACCCCGCGAAGGACGUGAUGGUGCUGUACGAGGCCGCGCGAUGCAAGGAGUGCAUCCAGGUGGAGCUGUACUUCUUCUCGUUCGCGGAGGAUUAUGAGGAAGUGGAGGAUCUCGCGUUCUAUCAGGCCUUCGUGGACCGCAACGAGUUCACCCACAAGUCGACGAAGAUCGCCAACUUCCCCGCGAUUCGGUUCUACCCGCGGACGGAGAACGGGGAGAAGAAGACCAAAUGGGUCAAUUUCCACGAGGACAUGACCAUCGAGGGAAUGGAGCGGUUCUUGAGGAAGUACGCCACGGUGGAGCUCCCGGAGCCUGAGGACGACGAGGAUCUGUAAGGAGAGGACGAUUGCGGAAAGAUGGUUGUGGGUUGCUGGUUGCUGGUUGCUGGUU